AUGGCAGUCCCGGCAGAUGAGAUCAAAGAACCUCUCGAGAAAUGGCUAGCAGAAAUAACGUGCCAGAAAAGCCAGCGGACCCUGCGCGGCGUCUCGUUUACAGAUGUGAACGUGAACGGGUUCACUGAGCCUACCCUAUUUCAGCAUACGUUCGCUACAUAUAUCUUGUGUCUUCCAGUAUUCGUCAAGGCUCUGCUGGGGAUCAGCCAGCGGAAGAAGAUCCGGAUUCUGCGAAACUUGGAUGGCGUGGUUCUUCCCGGAGAGAUGCUCCUGGUGCUGGGACGCCCAGGAAGUGGCUGCACGACCUUUCUCAAGACAAUUGCGGGUGAUGUAUAUGGGCUAGACAUCGAUGGAGUCGACAUUAAAUAUCAGGGGGUUCCCUUUUCGGACAUGCAUCGCAAGUUCAGGGGGGACAGCAUCUAUCUGGCCGAAAAUGACAUUCACUUUCCUGAGCUGGCGCUGGGGGAAACAAUAUCCUUCGCGGCGGACAUGAGACCUCAGGGCCAGAUGACUCGCAGCGAGAUCGGCUUGGUGACAGCCAGGAUCUUCGGGCUAGAGGGUUCUCUACAGACGCAGGUCGGCAAUGACAUGGUUCGCGGACUCAGUGGUGGUGAGAAACGACGAACAAGUAUGGCAGAGGCCUUGCUUGGAAGAUGUCCUGUGCAAUGCUGGGAUAACAGUACUCGGGGACUAGACAGUGCGACCGCCGUCAACUUCGUCCGGAUGCUGCGCCGUGCUACGGACGUCUUACACUCGACAGUUAUGACUACUAUCUAUCAAGCUCCUGAACCUCUGUACCAGACAUUCGAUAAGGUCCUGCUGCUCUAUGAGGGGCGCCAGAUCUAUUUCGGCUCUACCAGCGAGGCUGCGGAGUAUUUCAUUCACUUGGGCUUCAUGCGCCCUCCACGCGCGACAACGGCAGAUUUUCUGACCUCAUUGACCAACGCAGACGAACGAAUCGUCCGGUCUGGCUUUGAGGUUCGAGUCCCCCGCUCGCCAGAUGAGUUCGCGACGGCCUGGCGCAGAAGCCCUGAGUGGCAGGCUGUCAGGAAGGAGGUGGAAGAAUUCAACAGAGCGCAUUCCUUGUCACACCAAGAUCACGAUCCUUCGGUGGUCUAUCCCACGACUGUGUCUCAUCAGAUUCGUGCUUGUGUGGAAAGGGCCUUCAUAAGAUCGCGCCAUAACAUGCAGGGACUCGUCUCUGGAGUCAUCGGGAACACAGUCCUCGCCAUUAUUCUGGGCAGCGUGUUCUACAAUCUCGAGGAGAAUACCGGGAGCUUCCAAGCCCGGAGUGUCCUGAUCUUCUACGCGACCAUGAUGAACUCCUGUCUCCCGGCGUUCGAGGUGAAUAGUUUGUGGGCGCAAAGACCCAUCGUCGAAAAGCACACUCGAUACGCCUUCUACCACCCCGUGGCAGAAGCUAUCGCGUCAAUGCUUGCUGACCUGCCAGUAAAAAUGGUGACCUCGCUCUUCUUCAACGUGUGCAUCUAUUUCCUGACGAAGCUACGACGCGAUGCCGCCGCCUUCUUCGCCUUCUGGCUCUUUGGCUUCGUGGUUAUGGUAACCAUGUCCAUGAUAUUUCGCUCGGUAGGAUCUCUAUCGCGCACGUAUGCUCAAUCUCUCGCCCCGGUGUCUAUCAUGAUUUUCAACUUCAUUAUAUAUGCGGGAUUUGUGAUUCCGCCACAUUAUCAAGUUCCCUGGCUCAGUUGGAUCCGGUGGUUUAACCCUAUCGCGUACGCCAAUGAGAGCCUGAUGAUCAACGAAUUUCGCAAUCGUCGCUUUCCCUGCUCCGUCAUGGUGCCUACCGGGCCAGCCUAUAAUGACGGUGGCAUGAGCGGCAAGGUCUGCUCAGCAAUUGGUGGAGUGCAGGGUGAAACCUUCGUCCAAGGGAAUCGGUACCUUGAGGAAAAGUAUGGUUAUACUUCAGAUCAUCUGUGGAGGAACCUGGGAAUACUUGUCGCCCUGAUGAUUGGCUUCUGUGUUGUUCAUCUUCUGGCUGCCGAGUAUAUUCAGGCAGAGAAAAGCAAGGGCGACAUUCUGCUCUACCGCCGAAAGGACAUUAAUCGCCUGUCACCGGACGAUGAGGAGAGCAUCCACAAUUCAAUACAGACUAAGGAUACUGCUGGUGACCGACCCAGCCCUAAUCGAGUGCCCGAUGUACGAGUGGAAGGGCUAGCAAAGCAGUCCUCAAUAUUUCAUUGGAGUGAUGUAGGGUACGAUGUCAUGGUGGGCAAGAAGGCAACUAAGAUUCUGGAUGACAUCGACGGCUGGGUAGUCCCGGGCACUCUAACAGCCUUGAUGGGAUCAACGGGAGCUGGCAAGACCACCUUGUUAGAUGUUCUUGCGAACCGGAAAUCUGUGGGAAUCGUGCAUGGGGACGUUCGCAUUGACGAGAAGCCGCGAGACAGGGGAUUUCAGCGCAGGACAGGGUACGUGCAGCAGAGCGAUAUCCACCUACCAUCGGCGACAGUUCGUGAAGCUCUCGAGUUCAGUGCGCUCCUCCGACAACCACGCAGUCUCUCGACGGCUGAAAAGCUUUCCUACGUAGACACCGUACUCCACAUGUUGGAGAUGGAAUCGUACGCAGACGCGAUUGUGGGGGUGCCGGGGAAAGGGCUCAACAUCGAGCAACGCAAGCGACUGACCAUUGCAGUCGAGAUGGCAGCCAGACCAGAGUUUCUCCUCUUCUUAGAUGAGCCCACGUCGGGACUUGAUAGUCAAACGGCAUGGUCCAUUUGUACCCUGCUGCGCAAACUUGCAGACAGCGGACAAGCGAUUCUGUGUACCAUCCAUCAGCCAUCCGCCGAGCUGUUCCAGAUGUUUGAUCGUCUCCUGCUUUUGAACGGAGGAAGGACGGUGUAUUUUGGAGAUGUUGGACCUUCCGCGUCCACAUUGAUUGACUACUUUAAGCGAUCCGGUGCCCGAUCUCCAGAAAAAGCAGAGAAUCCGGCAGAGUGGCUUCUCGAUGUGACUAGCUCUGAAGGUGCUCUGGAAUGGUCCAAUAUCUGGAGCCAAAGCGCCGAAAAACAAGCUGUCCAGCAAGAGAUCACUCGGGUGAAGGCCGAUGCUGAGCGGGUCCCAGCGAAAACAACUACUGGGACUCUUGAUGACGACGACUAUGCCUCGACAUAUUGGCAGCAGUUACGUCUCGUCACCUAUCGGAUGUUUCAAGAUUACUGGCGAGAUCCAACCUACCUUUACUCCAAACUUGCCUUGUGUGUUGGUGCUGCUUUCUUCAAUGGAGUAUCCUUCUGGUUCCUGGCCAAGGACGUUCAAGGGCUCACCAGCUCGCUCUUUUCCUGCUUUCUUCUCACGAUAGUGUUCAACACGGUCGACCAGCAAAUCAUCCCGCGCUUCAUUGACAAUCGUGACCAAUUCGAGGCUCGUGAGCAGCAGUCCAAGACAUAUCACUGGGCCGUCUUUGUCGCAGCCAACAUGAUCGUCGAAAUUGUGUGGCAGUCCCUAACCUCUGUACUCGUUUUCGUGGCAUGGUACUAUCCAACCGGAUUCUGGAGGAAUGGCUCGCACGAUAGUAUGUUCACCAUGGACCAACGGGCGAUUUUGGUCUUCCUUCUCCUCUGGGUCUUCUUCAUCUUCUCGUCCACGCUCUCACAAGCCAUUGCGGCUGGAAUGCACGACUCACUUACGGCCGUCAACGUAGCCAACCUUCUUUUCACGCUCUGUCUGGUCUUCUGCGGUGUUCUCGCGCAACCUGACGCAUUGCCCCGAUUCUGGAUCUUCAUGUACCGCGUGAGCCCAGUCACCUACCUGAUGGAAGGGAUGAUCGUUGCUGCCCUCGCCAAUACGAAGCUUCACUGCACAGCAAGCGAUCUUGUUCGAGUCCCACUCCCCACGAAGGCAACUUCUUGUGGCGAGUAUAUGGCUUCCUACGUGAGUAGUGCAGGGGGGCAGGUGUUAUAUCCCGAUACUACGGUCGGGGAAUGCUUGUUCUGCGCGGUAGCCGACACGAACUCGGCGCUGAAGGUCUUGGGGAUUGAUGUCACUCACCGAUGGAGAGAUCUGGGUCUCCUGGCGGUGUAUGUGCUGGUCAACGCGGUGGCGACGUUCUUCUUGUACUGGCUCGCGAGGGCGCCGAAAGGUACCAAGAAGGUCUAA